GUCACCUCCCACUUCGUCUGGUGCCGCCCACGACGAGCAUCACCGAUCGCGUGACGCUCCCGCUCGGCCGCUUCCUCUUGGUUCUUCCACGAAGCAGCGCCAGCGGCCCUCCCCUUCCCUCCCCACCCCAAGCGCGUCGCGAUUCUUCUGCGGAGAUCCGGCGCGGAUCGAAUCCGCUGCCCGCCCAGCCGCCCGCCGCCGCCGCCGCCGCCGGGAUCGGUUCCCUCCAAUUAGCAAAGCCCGCGCAUUUGAUGAGUAUUUUUCUCCCCGCCCCUUGGUGGAUGCGAGGGACCUGCCCGGGCUCGACCCGCCGACCUCACCCCGAUCUCGCCGCCGCCGCCGCGCCGCCCGGCGGGGAGACCACCACCACCACCCCCUGCUCACCGGGCCCAUGGGCUAGGGGGGGCCCGUGCUUCGCCCUCCUGCGAUCGCGACCGGAGGGGCGGCCCGCGGGAUCCGCCCGCCGUCUCCUCCUCCUCGCGCUCUAGGUAGGAACCUCCGGGGACUCCUCGGGGUCGGCCGGAGAGCCUCGCCCGCCCGCGGAUAAGGUUCCCGCUGAUGCGGGUACUGUGCUGCGCUUCCAGGCGACGCGAGUGUGCAGCUGCUGCUCCCUGGGGAUGUGAACGCUGCCCUGGGUGGGGAUCCAGCUCGCGCUAGAUUUUCACCCCCUUUUUGCCUUUCACUUUUCGCUUGCUCGGGGACGGUAGAGGUAGAGACCGGAUUCUCCGGGUGAUUAACGCUAAUCGCCGCGCAGGAUUAUUCCGACGUAUGUACUGAUUUCCAGUUCCGUGCUGUUAAUGCAAGUGGUGGGGAGGCAAAGUGGGGAUUGUAUUGCCGGUUUCGGGGACAUAUUCUUGGGACAUUCCCACCCUGUGUAAAGAUAUCCCCCGGCUCCGGGUUUAGUUUCAUGUUUUCAUGUUCAUAGUAGUGGUGGUGGGGAGGGCACAUAUCACGCAUUCUGGUUAUUCCGGGCAUCUGGGGACAUGGGUUCCUCGCAGGAGUCCACCUUCUCGUCGGCCUCGGCCGCUGCGCAGGUGAAUGCUUCCGCGCUGGACUUGCUCCCGGUCUAUGCCAAGGAGCUUAUCGCAGGCGGCGCUGCUGGUGCAUUCGCAAAGACUGCGGUGGCACCGCUGGAGAGGGUCAAGAUCUUAUUACAGACGAGAACUGAAGGUUUCCAGUCCCUGGGGAUCCUCCAGUCCUUGAGGAAGCUGUGGCAGUAUGAGGGAGUUCGAGGCUUCUACAAAGGGAACGGUGCAAGUGUGCUUCGCAUUGUUCCAUAUGCGGCAUUGCAUUACAUGACAUAUGAGCAGUAUAGGUGCUGGAUAUUGAACAAUUUCGCCCCAUCAGUAGGUACAGGGCCCGUCGUUGAUCUUUUAGCUGGCUCUGCUGCUGGUGGGACUGCAGUUUUGUGUACAUACCCAUUAGACUUGGCUAGGACCAAGCUGGCAUACCAGGUUUCCAAUGUGGGCCAAUCUGGCAAUGCUUUGGGAAAUUCUGGUCAACAACAAACAUAUAAUGGCAUAAAAGAUGUCUUUAAGACUGUUUAUAAGGAAGGUGGCGUACGAUCUUUAUAUCGUGGAGUAGGCCCAACUCUGAUUGGUAUUCUUCCAUACGCUGGCUUAAAAUUUUACAUAUAUGAAGAUCUGAAAUCUCGAGUUCCAGAAGAUUACAAGAAAUCUGUUAUACUGAAGCUCUCUUGUGGAGCUUUAGCUGGUCUAUUUGGACAAACCCUUACUUAUCCACUGGAUGUUGUCCGGAGGCAAAUGCAAGUUCAGAGCAAGCAGCCUCAAAAUUCAGGUGAUGGCUUCCGUAUAAGAGGAACUUUCCAGGGUCUCUUGCUCAUCAUUAGGUGCCAAGGAUGGAGACAGCUCUUUGCUGGCUUGAGCCUUAACUAUGUAAAGGUUGUCCCUUCCGUAGCAAUCGGUUUCACAACAUAUGACAUGAUGAAGGCAUUGCUAGGAGUUCCUCCCCGCGAGAGAAUCCAUGCAUCAGGUGCUAACAAAUGAAGCAAUGUUUGCCUUACUUGUGUUAGGACCAAUGAGCUCGAGGAACUCCAGUCCGUGGCAUUAUCGUUCUUGUUAUUAAUCAUAUAUUUAUGUUGCAUAGGAUGGAGAUCAUUGUAUAUUGGUCGAUUUAUGUUGCAUAACAUCAAGUAUGGUACUUGUAAUUUGUAACCGUAAAUACAGUGACAACAAGAUAUUGCUGUACAUUAACUAUACUAGAUUGGUACCAUGAUUGGAGAUUUUGAUCAGGAAUUUUUAACCCAGUA